UCUCCUUGCCCUCCCUGCCCAAGCUCACCCUGUGUCUGAGACUCAGCAAGCACCAUGGCGGAAAAGGCAGAGAAAGGAACUAAGGAAGAUAGUGCCUUUGAGGCACUGGAGCAAGACUUUCAAGAAGUCCUUAAUGAACUUAUGGGAGACAAGGGACUUGAGAAAUUUCGUGUUGAAUAUGAAAAGCUGCAUCGGGCCCUCAAGAAAUCCCAUGAAAAUGAGAAACGCUUGAUGUCAAAAUGCAAAGAACUAAAUGCUGAGAUUGUUGCAAAUUCAACAAAAGUGACAACUGCACUUAAACUUUCACAAGAUGACCAGUCAACUAUAGAUUCCUUAAAGCAGGAGAUUGAAAAAGCUUGGAAAAUGGUUGAUUCAGCUCUUGAACAGGAAAAACAAGGAAAAGAAACCAUUCGCUCCCUGAAGCAAGAAAUUAGUAACCUAACCAGGCUGGUGGAGCAAGGUGCUGGACUUUCGCUGGGUCAAGAGAGCAGUGUUAACGAUUUGCUGAAAGUCCAAGAGCAGCUGACGAAAGAGAGAGAUGAACUACUCAAGGAGGUUGUUACUUUGCGUGAAAAGGUGGCAGAAAUGACAACCCGUGAGCAGGAGUUGGAUCGUCUUAAAGCAGAGACCGAUCAGAAUAUGGCCCAGCUCCAGCAUGACAUACAGAUGCGAGAGAAUGAGAUUGCUCGGGAGGUUCGCCGGAAGGAGAAACUGUCUAAAGAACUGACACGCAUGAAAGGAGAACUGGAUGAAAAUCAAGCUGAGAUGAAGUCGUUGAUGGCACAGCAGCAGAAGACCAAAGAGGAACAUCAGAAAUUGGAUCUCCAGCUGAAAGAACAAAAGAUUUUGAAUGAAAGAGCUUCAAAGGAUUUGGAAUUACUUAACCAAAAAUUUCUCAAGCUCCAGCAGGAAAAUGAACAACAAAUUAUGAUCAAUGACCAGCUAACAGUUGAAAAUCAACAGAAGUUGAUGGACCUUAAAUCAAAAGAGGAAGAUGUGGCUCAAUUGAAUCAAGAUGUUGUCAAGUUGACUAAGGUGAGGGAAGUGUUGCAGCGAAAGUUGCAUCAAGCUGAGGACCAAAAACUGGAUCUUGACCACCAGCGGGAAACAUUGAAGAACCUCACUGCUUCUCUGGAGAAAGAGCUGGAGUCUACCAAAAAGCAGGCUGAGCUUGAUAAGAAAGCAGUCGAUGAGCUGGUUAGAGAACGAGACAUUUUGAAUAAGAAUGUUUUGAAGGCAGUCGGUGCUACUGAGAAACAAAUGAACUUGGUCAAGUUUCACGAGCAGUCAAAGAAGGUCCUGGAUCAGGAAAUUCAAAACUAUAACCUUGAAGCACAGAAGCAGAGGAAAAUUAUUUUCCACCUGGAAAAAGAGAGGGAUCGAUAUAUCAAUGAAGCCAGUGAUCUUACACAGAAGGUUCUUCAGUAUAUGGAAGAUAUUAAAGUUUUUGAAAUGCAGAAUUUUGACUUCAAGAAGAAAAUCUCAGAGGCUGAAAGUAAACUAAAACAGCAACAGAACCUUUAUGAGGCUGUGCGUUGUGACAGAAAUCUUUACAGCAAGAACUUGAUUGAAGCACAGGAUGAGAUAGCUGAAAUGAAACGAAAACUGAAGAUCAUGCACCAUCAUAUCGAUCAACUGAAAGACGAGAUUAGCUCAAAAGAGACUGCACUUGUGAAACAACACUUGGAGUAUCAGCGCAUGGAGAAGGAGAAAGAUGCACUAAAGACUGAAAUGCAGAAGAUGAAGCAACAGGCACAAGACACCAGGAUUUUCAUUGAAAAUCAAGAGGUAGAAGAAAGAAAGCUUCUGAGGAUUAUUGAAGAGGCUGACGCAGAGAGGAUUCGUCAGAAAAAGGAGUUAGCUCAGGUUAUCAGUGAGAGAGAUAUUUUGGGGACUCAGCUUGUACGCCGCAAUGAUGAGCUGGCAUUGCUGUAUGAAAAGAUCAAGAUUCAGCAGUCCAUGUUAAAUAAGGGCGAGAUACAAUACAGGCAGCGGGUGGAUGAUAUUCGGUUGCUCCGAGUGGAGAUCAAAAAACUAAGACGGGAGAAAAGCAUCCUAAGCAAGAGCGUUUCUAAUCUGGAUGACCUCAGACAAGAGGUCUACCAUGUACAGAAAGAACUUCUGAAGGAGCGGACGAGGUGCAGGGCUCUUGAGGAGGAAUUGGAAAAUCCAAUGAAUGUUCACAGGUGGCGAAAACUUGAGGCAAGUGAUCCUAGCAGAUACGAGCUAAUUGAGGUUCAGACAUUACAGAAGCGUCUGAUCUCAAAGACUGAGGAGGUGGUCGAAAAGGAACUGCUUUUACAGGAGAAGGAGAAGCUUUAUGUGGAGCUGAAACACAUCUUGGCACGACAACCUGGACCAGAGGCUGCCGAGCAGCUAAUGAUAUAUCAGAGGACCCUGCGAGAUAAGACAAAACAACUGAAGGCUUUGACUUCAGAGCUGAACAUGUUUGAAUCGCAGAGUCAGGAGUAUAAGCAUGAGAUUGACCGUUUAGCCCAGGAACUGCAGAAUGUGAAAAAGAAGUACCACAACCAGAAGCGCAAGGAACAGCUGGCUAAUGAGAAAGAAAAAGCCUUGGAACAAGAAGGGCAGCCUUUAAUCCAGCCUCAGAGAACCAACUAUGCUCAGUUCACAGGAGGAGGUUUCAAUCUUAAAUACCAACCAAAGAUCACAGUUUAAAUGUCCAAUUUGCUCCAUUUUCAAUCUGCUGUUGAUUCCUUCACAUCACAGGAGAUUUUUUUUUCUUUGCUUAUUAUUUUAGAAAGUGUCCACACAGCCAAGAAAUGAUAGUGUGUGCCAAUAUGAUUUUCAUGUAACUUAAUUUUAUUCUGGCAUUUCAAAUGCCCCAGUUCAGCAAAAAUAAUGAACCAUAUUGAAAUGUGUUUUAUGGAACAUUGAUUUUUGUUUCUUGAUUUUGUUAAAUUGAAUAUGAAAAUACCUGUGUUGCACUUGAAUGCAUUUUCAUG